AUGUUACGCUCUCGGACCCCAAAGCAACCCUCGGGCUGGGCGCGGGACUCCAGAAAUAACUCAGUUGUGGAUGGCUCUGGCCAUGGUGUGUCUCCGUUGAUGAAAACAAGGAAGGAAGAAGUCUCUCGCAAGAAAUUAUUUCGAGUCACUCUUUUACGAAGCCAAGCACUAGUCCGCCUAGUGCUCCUACUAGUAAUCUUGGCUACGAUCUCUGUUCUGUGGCUUCUGUAUCUUGUAUCUGGCUUUAAGUUUGCUGUCCGUUCUGGGUCGUCUGGCUCACACAAGAAUAAUCUUCCUCCUCGCAAACCAAGUAACCAAACUGUUCAGACGAAAAAGAGGGCUAUGCAGAUGGGCACCCCUACGAUACAAAUCCCCAUGGUGACUCGCUCAAUCAUGCAAAAGUUGCAUGACCUUCAUGUGCCCGAUGGGUUCGACGAAGUCAGUCAUACAGGGUAUCGUAGUACCCGCCGAUGGCCGCCUAUAGUGACUGUGUUACCCGAAGUGCAGACUUCCGCGAAAUCUAAAAUUAAACUUCGAGAACCCGUACAAACGACGGAGGAAAUUGACAGCCAGUUCUGUGCUGGAGGGAAUUGUAGGCUCCUCCUGCCCUUACUAGUGACCGAGCGCGAUCCUAAAACGCAAGCGCACCUUGUUCAGCUGUUGACUCUUGCCAAAACCAUGAAUCGUACGCUAGUGCUCCCUAACGUCGGACGUGGACGCGCUGGGGCUUGCUUGCGCUGGGACUACACUACAUACUUUGAUCUGACAAGCACUAUGCGCUUGGGCAUCGAGCGUGUCAUGAUGAUGGACAAUUUUCGCACCUGGAUUGACAUGCGUCCUCUGGAGCCGACAGGACAGAUCGUGUUCAUCGAUGAGAACACCGACACAGACCGGAUGGAAGGCCAGACUACUGAUUCUGCAAAAGAGCCUCUGCGUAUCGAAACAAUUUCCGCUUCCGUAGCUCAAGAAAAACUGAAGGGAAUGAAAUGCUUGGCUACUAAAUUUCACCGAUUGAAACUUGACUCUUCGCUCAGCAUUCGCAUGCAUCCUACUCUUAACAUAAAUCCAUCGCUUGUUUUAGCGGACACUCUGGCGCAUUGGAAUGUGGGAGAUACUCCUGAGUUGACCAAAGAAGGUUCUGUUGGUAUGGAUGAGUCUACGCUUGUCGACAAGGACGGCAACGGAAAGAACUAUUCAGCCGCAAACGUUCUACUGCUUUACUGGAAUCUGCAUCAACAAGGCUCCAAAAACCACGUUCACCUCGAUUACUCCACCAAGCUUCGCGCUCUCGCCUCUGAACUCACAGUGUCCCUGACACCGUAUCUUGCAGUGCGUUGGCAUAUGAAGAAAGCUCCCUCUCAUAUGCUCCUGACCUGCGCAGAUGCACUAAUCGAUGCUCUGGAUACAAUUCUUCACGAUGAGAUACUUGCGUACGGCAUUCAGGCCGUGUGGCUGUGGUCAGACUAUCCUGUUGCCUCGAAUACUACGUCCAAGACCUUGGAAGCUGAGACGACUAAGGGUCUUUUGGCUGAGCAUGCAGCAGCCAUCGAAGUCGUUCGAGAUGCUUUUCUGCCUGGGGGAGAGCUGGCUCAAUGGAAAUUAACAGGACUUAUGGAAGCGCUUGGCGGGAGGAGCGCAAUCAAUGAAAGGGUUUUGAUAGAUGACGAUGAAGAGACUGUACUGGAAGACUUGGGUGUGAGAAGCAUCUUGGAGACCAUGGUGGCACAAAGAUCGGCUGUAUUGGUAGCCAGCACCAGAGAGUGCGGCCACAUGAGCGCCGCAACACAGAAAAUUGUGGAGGGCAGAGCCAACGAGCGCCCGGAAGACUUACCUAGAAAUACAGUGAAUCUCUUCGGAUAA